GGAUAUUAUUAAACAUGUUUUUGCUCACGUUUGGAAAAUUAGCAUCUGAGUCGCGAAGCCGUCCACAUUCACUUUCUCACUCAUCAAAUUCAAGGCGAGAAACUUCUCACUAUAAAUAGCAUCCCACAGCCACUGCUCCUGCUCCAAACAGAUCAAUCAAAAUACUGAAAAAAACGAAAAGAAAAGGAAUUUUGUAAGAGAAAUUUAAUGGGUUCAGUGCAGAAAGCAGAGGAGGAAUGGCGAGCCAUUCUCACUCCUCAGCAGUUUCAUAUUCUCCGCCAAAAGGGAACCGAGCCGAGAGGGACGGGGCACUACGACAAGUUCUACGAGGAAGGGAUAUACAAUUGUGCCGGCUGUGGAACGCCGCUCUACAAAUCAACGACCAAAUUUGACUCCGGGUGCGGUUGGCCCGCCUUCUUUGAAGGUGUGCCGGGUGCCAUCACCCGUUCGGUUGGUAUCCCAACUUUUUUUAUGACAAUGUCUCAUUUCGUGUCUCACUUUGUGAAAUUCAUGUUUGUUGUGUGUUUCAGCCCGACCCUGAUGGCCGGAGGACGGAGAUCACUUGCACCGCCUGUGGUGGCCACUUGGGGCAUGUCUUCAAGGGAGAGGGGCACCCGGUGCCGACAGACGAGAGGCAUUGCGUUAACAGCGUCUCGAUCAAGUUCGUGGCGGCCGGAGCUCCGGAAGCCACUCCAUAGUGUGGUGCUUGAUGGUGUGGAGAGUUUGGCUUGUGAUUUCUUGAUGUUUAGUUGUGAAUUUGUGAUGGAUUUUAGUUAACAUCGGUAUUGCAAGAGAAAGGUUUCAGGAUAAUGUUGUGGAAAUUGGCUUUAUCAAUGAAUUUUCUGUAAUUUAUGCA